GGAGGACGAGGAGGAGCAGGCAGCGAAGGGAUGUGUGUGAGGGUGCGGGGAGGCGAGCGCUGACAUUUCUCCUCCGCCCCUGCUGGCCGGCUUGGUGGGGUCUCGGCCCUGCGACCCAGGGAGCCCUCUUGGGCGGGAGUGUUUCCUGAGACGGGUGGCCCCGCGUGGAACAGGCUGUGUCCAUCCAUCUCAUGUGCUGCGUGUUCCCGUAGAGCCUUGUUCCGUGCCGUCCGGCAGAGAGCUCCGUCUCGUCGCCUGUCAGGCCCUGCCCUGCCUCAGCAUGGCCAUCUCAUCGCGCCUCGCCCUGUGGGAGCAGAAGAUCCGGGAAGAGGACAAGAGCCCUCCACCGUCCUCGCCCCCUCCCCUUUUCUCUGUCAUCCCAGGGGGCUUCAUUAGGCAACUGGUCCGAGAGACUGAGAAAGAGUCCAAAGAAGCGAGACGGAGGAAGGAGGCAGAGCUCGCCUCUCCGGAACGAGAGACCCCAGACAUUUCCACCAGCCAACCCAACAGCAAAUCCAACAGUGGCGCCAAAUCUGGAAGCCAACAGAUUCCCCAGGACAGCCAGCCGAGCUCUGCCCAGGACUCAAGCAUUCUGGGCAAGGAGCGCGAGGGGGCCGGCCCCGCGGACCCCAUGCUGAUGACCAGCAUCAACGGCGAGAAACCCCAGGAGUCAGGCCCCGGCGGGACACCGGCCAAAAAACCUGUGCCCUUCAGGAGAGGAAUAAGAAGAGGCGACGUGUUGCUCAUGGUGGCCAAGCUGGACCUGGACGCCGCCAAGCCGGAGCAGAGGGCCCAGCCCCGUGAUGGCCCCACCUGCAAGUCCCCACCGCCAGCCACAGACCCUGGAGGGGAGAAGAAAGGGGAGACCCCAGGGCCUCCUCGUGGCCCCCAGGCCAGCACUGAGGAUGCAGCCCCGAAAGCUGAGAAGACUCAGACUGGGGGUCUUGGGGACCCAGGCCAGAAGGCACAAGGCACAGGGGAGAAAGGGGGCGGGGCCCCCCAGACCAAAGGGCCGAAAGGGGGUGAGGGCAACGAGGGGCCAGGUGAAGGGGGGCAACCACGGACGGCGGAGAAGGGGGCAGGGGACCCCCCAACCGAGAUGGCAAAGGGAAAACUCUCCAAGGAUGCCGGCGGGGAGGGGAGGUGGGCUGGGGCCCAAAUCCAGAUGAGAAGGUGGGGAGGUUCCCUGGGCAGAAGGAGUAAGUGGUACGGUCCCCAGAGUAAGAAGGACAGAGAGGGUGACCUCCUAAGUAAGGCAGAGAAGACAGAUGGACCUCAGAUCAAGACGGAGACGGGCAACGCACAGGGGAAGGUUGGCAAGGUGGGGGAAGCUCCCAGACUGACCGAGAAGGCAGGGGAGCCCCUGGGUGAGAUGGGGAAGGUGGGGCAGCCUCAGGGUGAGGCCGGGGAGGCAGAGAGGGCUGGGAGCAAGACUGAGAAGGGCUGGGAAGCCCCCAAGGAGGCGGACGCACGGGGGGAGACCCCAGCGGCAGCUAGGAACGCGGGCCGGCCAGACAGGAAAGGGCAGAAGGCAGAGGAACCCUGUGCCAGAGUGGACGUUGGGGCCAAAGCUUUGGAGACGCUGCUGGCAGGACCCAGACCCCCCGCUCUGGAGAGCCAGGCAGAGAGGACUCAGACACACAAGGAGAACCAAGAGGGGCCGGCCCUGCAGGAGGGGGGCAAUGGAGGCCAGAGUGGAGCCUCUGACCAGGACCAGGCUCCAGAAGACAGAUGGUACGAGGCCGAGAAAGUCUGGCUGGUCCAGAAGGAUGGAUUCACCCUCGCAACGGUGCUGAAGCCAGACGAGGGAACAGCCGACCUGCCAGCAGGAAGGGUGCGCCUUUGCAUUGAUGCUGACAAAAGCAUCACCGAGGUGGAUGAGGAGCAUGUUCAUCGGGCCAACCCCCCCGAGCUGGACCAGGCCGACGACCUGGCCUCCCUGGUCAGUGUCAACGAGUCGAGUGUCCUGAACACGCUUCGGCACCGCUACGAAGCUGGGCUGCUGCACACCUGGACCGGGCCGGACCUGAUCGUCCUGCAGCCGCGGGGGUCCCCGGCGCCUUCUGCAGGCAAGGUGCCCAGAUGCCGCUGGGACGGCCUGCCCGCCCACGUUGGCUCCCUGGCCCAGCGGGCGUACUGGGCGCUACUGAACGAGCGGAAGGACCAGAGCAUCGUGGCCCUGGGCCGGAGCGGCGCCGGGAAGACCACCUGCUGCGAGCAGGUCCUGGAGCACCUGGUGGGGAUGGCAGGCAGUGUGGAUGGCACGGUCUCAGUGGAGAAGAUUCGAGCUGUCUUCACCGUCCUCCGGGCCUUUGGCUCCGUGUCCACCGGCCACAGCCACAGUGCCACCCGCUUCACCAUGCUGAUGUCGCUGGACUUCAAUGCCACAGGCCGGGUCACGGCCGCUCAGCUGCAGACGAUGCUGCUGGAGAAGAGCCGUGUGGCACGGCAGCCGGAGGGCGAAGGCAAUUUCGAAGUUUUCUCCCAGAUGUUGGCAGGACUGGACUUGGAUCUCAGGACGGACCUGUACCUGCACCAGAUGGCAGACAGCAGCUCCUUCGGCAUGGGCACUUGGCCCAAGCCUGAAGACAAGCAGAAGGCAGCGGCUGCCUUUGCCCAGCUCCAGGGCGCCAUGGGGACGCUGGGCAUCUCGGAGAGCGAGCAGCGAGCCGUUUGGCGGGUGUUGGCGGCCAUCUACCACCUGGGCGCCGCGGGGGCCUGCAAAGUAGCCUCUUUGCAGCUGCCUUCACUUCUCCUUAUGUCUAUCCUCAGUGUGACCACCGGGCUCCUUUCUAAAACAUACACCUAGUGCCACUCCCCUGCUUAGAAUCUUCCCGGGGCUCUCCCUUGCCUGCUAAAUAAUUUCUUGGCUUGGCAUUCAAGGCUCCUCACCUCCCUAACCAGCCUCUUCUGCCCUCUCUUCUGGCACAGUAAAAGGUCCUGAGGGGACAGCAGGGAUCAGGAGUAAUGUGGUUCCUGCCUUGAUGGGGCUUAUGGGGCCUUGUAUUGUGAUUGAGUCCUUGUCUAGCUCUUUCCAGGAGGGAGUGGCUUCCUUUGGGCCCAGAACAUAGAGUUCUGGAGUUGGAACUCACUUGUCGAAUGAACAUGUGUGAAUUGAGGUCUGUCCUCUGGAAUGAUGUAUUGACUCUGCCCAUUCCCCUGUGGAGCAGCAGACGCUUCUGGAAUAUGCUGGCACAUCAUUCCUGCCAUUCCCACAGUCGUGGGCCGUGUGGCCCAUUGUUUUGAGUCUCAUCCGUUCCAGCCACAUGCAUUGGCCGCUGAUUUGAUUUCGGAAAUUUCUAGAAGUUUUGCUGAGUCGGACGUGAGUAAAAUAGGUGUUCCACAGUUGGUACCAGCCAAGGACAGACAUGCCUGACUACACAAAUGUGCAAAAAACAGGUGCCACUUGCUUUUCUGAAACUCAGCCACGGGUCCUGCUCAGACCCUUGGGUGUCGGGAUGUCACCACUGUUUUGUUCACGGGAUGUAACAUCUCUCGCUCAGCUUCCUGGUCACUGGGACCACCAGGGUCAUGAACACCAGGGUGUGAGAACGCGGUCCUCUCACCAGCCUGGGGGGCGUUUCUCUUCCUGCAAAACUCUAGUCGCCAGUUAGAAACCCCCAGCUCUGCGUCUGGCUUCGUCUACACCAGGAGUCAGCAAAUUGGGGCUUGUGGGCCCCAUCCAGCCUGCUGCCUGCUUUUGUGCAGCCCGCAAACUAAGAAUAGUUUUUCCAUUUCAACUAGAUGAAAAUAUGCAUAUAUAUGAAUAAUAUUUUGGGACUUAUGAAAAUUAUCUGGCGUUCAAAUUAUAGUGUCCAUAAUUCAAGUUUGCUUGGAACACAGCCACGCUCGUUCAUUUACGCGUCUACGGCUGCGUUCCUGCUACAACGGCAGAGAGGAGUAGCUGAGACACGGAUUGUACAGCCUGCCAAGAUGAAAAUAAUUACGAUAUGGCUCCUCACAGAGAAAGUUGGCCGACCCUAUUCCACACCAUCCCCCUGGAAGGUCUCAGCCCUCGGGGGUCCCUGUGCCUCUGAAUUAACUGUUCGGUUGUGAUCUGAAGAAAUUUCUCCAUCCUCCUCGGCUCCAGCCAAACUAGAGAGAGGAUGUCAGGAAUCUGGCCCUGCCCCCAACUUGCUGUGUGACCUUGAGCAAGUCACCUGUCUCUCUGGUCUCAGUUUUCUCGGAUGCGAAAUUCUGGAAUUGGGCCAGAUUAGAGGUUCUUAAUCUGGGGUCCGUGUACCCGGCCACCCAUCCAAGUGUGGGUUUCAGGGCUUUGUUAGUUUCCUAAGGCUGUUAUAACGAAGGACCACAAACUGGGGGCUUAAACAACAGGAAUCUGUUUUCUGACAGCUCUGGAGGCUGGAAGCCAGGAUCAAGGUGUCGCAGGGUGGGUUUCUCCUGAGGCCUCUCUCCUCGGCUUGCAGACGGCCACCUUCCUGCUGUGUCUUCCCAUGAUCACCCUCCAUUUGUGUGUCGUCUGGCCUGAUUUCCUCUUCUUAUAAGAACACCAGUUACACGGGAUUGGGGUCCACGCAUAUGACCUCAUUUCACCUUAAUUACCCCUUUAAAGGCUCAGUCAACAAAUACAGUCACCGUGUGAGGGACCCGGGGCCGGUACUUCAAUGUAGGAGUUUGGGGUGGGGCAUAAUUCAGCCGUAACACACCCCAGUCCCUGAGAUGAGCCGGCACUGACUUUGUGCCCAGACCUGGCUGAGGGAGGGAUCGGAGAGGCUGUGAAGACGGAGUCCUUUCUUGUGAGUUUGCCAUUUUAUUUGGAGAGAGGAAACUUCUGAACUUGACUCCGUCAGCCGAUUUUGUAAACGGGCCGAGUUUGGGGUGCGAUCGCUCGGUGCGGGCCGGGAAAGCUGUGGAGGUUCAGAGUCGGGGUGUGGACGCCUUCCAACUGGGGGUGUGAGGAAGGAAGCAAACCCAUUUUACAGAAUGGGAAACUGAGUCUCAGGAGGUCUAGGUGCAUUAAGCCAGGGUUCAAACCCAAACUUCUCUGGGCUUCCGUGGCCUCCUCUUUCAAUGCACUGAGGAUGGGGUUGAUGGGAGGAAAAACGGGAUCAAGAAAACGCAGCUGAAUUAGGCUGGGUUUCCCCGAAGACAAAGAUUUGGGUGCAUUUAGAUUAUUUGCACCCAAAGGGACCCCAGGAGGCGCUGGUGGGGAAGUGAGGCAGGGAGGGGAGGGAGGUGACAGGAUAUGUUGAUGAGCGGGUUACCUCUGGGUGUUUGGGGCUCAGUCCCCCUGCAGACCUCAGGGAGCCUGAGGGACAUGCCUCCUGGUUGAGUUACCCAGGAGGAGAGGAAGCCGGGGUGUUUAUACACCGCCUCCUGCUUCCCCCUGCUUGACGGGGGCUCCUGGGUGGAGGGCGUUACCUCCUGCACCCUGAGCCUGCCCCGUGCGUGGGCUAAGCACGCUCCUGCAACCAGAGAAAGCAGAGAGGAACAGACAGGUACCCACAGUGACAGGCCAGGGACACGUAUGGGGUGGCACGUGUCAGGUGGCCAGGGCGACGCAGGGUGGACGGGUCACCAAGAGCAUCUAGCUCAAGGCGGUCCUCCUGGAGGAGGUGGCUCCAUGACGGUGGUGUUGAGCCCGGAAGAAGGGACUCUCCCAAGGAGACACAGCCACUUGCCUCUCUGUCACACUCCACUCAGACAGGUUGCUCCCUCCUGGGGAUCUGCAAAGCCUAGGGAGAGAGGAGCCUUGCAGAUGGCUGCGGGCUGCCUUCUGAUUUCCAUGGUCACAAGUGAACCCUCGCUGCCUUUGAUAUGACAAGACAGAGGCCAGCGAAGCCCCCUGGCCUAUUGACCUGUCCCCAGAGCAGUGUGCUUCCCGCCCCGCGUUCCUCCUCGUGGGGCACGUGGGGCGCCCCCUCUGAUGUGGGCUCAGGAACCUGACCCGUACCUGUGGCCGCCUGUGAUGCUAAAAGAGAAAGUCACAUUUAUAAAUAUUUUAUUAAUACAUGAUUAUGGCAAUAAUUUCUCCCAGCCUCCCCCACCCCACCUUAUAAAUUAUUUUAAGAGGAGCCACUGUCAGUCUGCCUGGGAGGCCUGCCCAAUGAUUUACUAACUGUAUAUAGUGGUUCGGAAGAUUUCAUAAUAGGCAGCUCUAAAAUCAGCGGUUAAGAAUUUCAGAGUCGUAUAUAAAUGUCUUUGCUUUGUGUCAUAACAGAUCAUUUUGAAAUAUAUUAAGAAUCAUUUCCAUUAAUCAGCUUUUUUUUUUUUCAUUAAAAUA